UUUAUGAAGGAGAAAAAAAAACACUGUAGAUGACUUUUACAAAGUAAAAGGAUAACAUUAAAUAUUUUACUCCGAGCAGUUGAAAUUAUUGUUUGGAUGUGGUGAAAAGUCUGGAGCCUUGUAGACCAGCUCCUGUAAUCAAACAACAAAGGGAUCUGUAUCUGCCAAUAUGGAUCAGCAGUUAGUAUAGGCGGCAAAACCUUAUUAGGGAUUUCUAAAAGUUAUAUUUGCGCCCCUUUUUUUUUUUUUUUUAAUGAUUCGUUGCACCACUACUCAUACUCAGGCCAGUAUACUGCAACUAUGAUUUUAACAAUAAUGCACAAGUUCUAUAGAUGUCCUUAAGCAAAUAGACAGAUUGACCCUAACAUGUUGUAGUCCAGGGAACUCUGACCCUUUUUUGACGAUGAGCUCUCGUGGGGGUUCAGGUGGGAGUUUCUUGCUGCCUCACCCGGGACUCAUGUUUGACCUCUCACACGCUCCCACACCCUAAAUUUAGCUGUGGCCAUGCCUCAGAUAGUUCUGUGGAUUCUAGACACCACAUGCAGGCGUUGAAUAUCCAUUGGCUGGUGUUCAUGCAGCCUCUCUUCAUCUGAUCUCAGAUCACUGCCGUGACCGUUUCAUUGAGUUGGACUUAUCAGAAGUUGAUCCGUCCACCCAGAUCAAUACAGACUCUGUUUCUAUUUGAAACUGUGCUUGCACAUAAAUAUCUUUUCUAUGUGAUUCAGUUUGUUCCCUUUGUCGUCAUGUGUCAGAAAACAUUCACUUUGGCUAUUCUGCCAUUUCCCUACUGUAUAUAAAGCCUUCUAAGUAUCCGUCCUUGUAACAGAGAUUUCUACCCUGACUUCAUGCUUUCUAAUUGUCGGAGGUCCUGGAGGCUAAAGGCCAAAUUGACAGCAGUUAAUCCUUCCCUGCUCUGGGAGAGUAAACCAGCAUCUUUUUGUGCACUCCGGCUAGACUGAUGAAUCCCAACCUGGAUGAUGAAUUUGUAGAAAGAGCAAAGGUUAAUCUUAUUUAUACUGGGACUGCUAAACAGUGCAUGUGACAUUUAGCUUCAAUCCACUGGAUUACGUGGACCUAGCCUCGAUUUUCUUUAUAUUUGCAAUGUUCUGGUCCUAUUCUUUCUGUUCUUGUCAUCCUCAGUUAGAUUCUUCUUUUAUCGUUGUCAUUCAAUUAUUCAAUCUUUAUUUUAUUGCCCUUUCUGUCCUUGUGAUGAAUUCAUCCCUUCAGCAUUCAAGUAAAUAUCAAUAUAUCCUUCCAUGAAGACGCAGUCAGCAGUUGAAACCUGUGUGCGUGUGCAUCUAGGUGAGUGUGUGUGUGCGUAUGUUGGUUCAGCUGUGAAGUUGUUUAGGUAGCCUAAGUUACACCAGGCCCGCUUGCUUCAGUGGAAGGUGUGCUAAAGCUAACAGCGCUCGCUCUCCUGUGAUACAGGAUACACAGUUACAUCUGAGCCAAACACAUUCCUCCACAACGGACUACUUCAUCGCACACCGCUAACCUGCUGAGCUCGCCUGUGUGCUUCUGAGAGUCUGUGAGUAAAUAUUUGCAAAGAGUAAUAAGCCGAUACUGUAAGCCAUAUAAUCAAGCCGGGUGCUUUGCUUUGAUUAAGGACAUUAGGUUUAUCACCCUGGAUUUCACUGUUACUUGGAGAUUGUUUUUAUGGGCUUUUUGCAUUUGUUUUGAAUUAGAUGUAAGAAAUUCCUACAGUAUUGCAACAGUCUCAAAAUGGAUGGAAAUAGCCAGGUUUAUUCACAUGCAAGUGUUCUGCACAUGGGGUUUAGUCUGUUUGCCGUGUGUGUGUGUGCGUGGUGUAUUUCUAAGUGUGUCUUUGGCAUCUAUUUCACGGAUAGCUACAGUCGAUUCCAGUUCUUCCAGUGCUGUAAACCAAAUGCAGGCACAGAGUGUGUGAGGUAGUGGAGAAAGAGGGCUUUGUAUCCCAUCACACACACCCAUCGCUCCCUACCAAGCCCUCCUCUCUCUUGGAACCACACAUCUAGCCCCUAACUCUAAGCUAUCUCCUCCAAGUCUUCCUCUAUCUCCUGCCAGCCUCAAGUCUACUGACUUUAAACCAUCUGGCUCCCCACCUCACCUCUGCAGUCCCCCUAGACUUCACCACAGUGCUUUAUCCCCCCUGUAUCUCCUCACCCCAGCCAUCGCCCAUGCAGCGGUUAGGAGGUGCAGUACAGGUCUGAAUGGGCACACUGUGUGAGCAGGAGCCAGUUAGAUGCCGCGGCCUGAGCCAAGCUUCCUUUGAAAAACAGCAGGCAUGAGUUAGGAGAGUGAGAAGGAGAAAACACAAAGCCAAACCGAGAGAUGCUGUUAUUGGAACAUCGACCUGACUCCCAGCUCCAGCCUGUUUCUUUUUGCCAUUGACUUCCCUUUCCUCACUAUCUCCACUUGGAUCUUUGAUCAUUUCACUCUGCUGCCGCCUCUAUCUCAGCUUUCGGCCCUUAUUUCGACACUCUUUUAUCUCACCCUUCAGCAUAAACUGUCUUUAAUCCUCCUCAUCCACUCUUUCGGCUUUCACCUGGGCACACACAAAGACACUUUGGCUUUUUAGUCAAAGGACUCUUUUGCAGCUGCAAAGAAAAUUUAAGUCAGUUAAGCUGUUUGAAUUGACACUGCAGGCAUUAUUCAAAUGAGCACAGAUUGGAUUUAAAGCUAUGUUUGACUUAUCAUGUCAGCAGCUCAGAAGUCACUGUUUUGAAGUGGAGAUAUUAAAAAACACUAUUCCUUUGUAAAACAUGUAAUUAAGAUCGUCUGAACAUGUUCUGGUGAUGCAGCUGGUUGCACAGGCUGUUAAAUCAGAUGGUUCUCUUUGUGUUUAAAGGGAGCAUUUGGUAAUGUGUUUAAUUGAGCCUGUAGAUGUUGCUUUUGUGUUCGUCCAUAUGGAUGCAAUUUCUGCUUGCAUCUGUGUGUUCUAUUUAAGUGUGCUUUCCAGCUUGUGAGAUAAACUCUGCACAGUGUGCAGGAUUGUGUGGAGGUUUACGGUUCAUGCAGUGACUUUAUUGAUUUGUGUCUUUUGAUGAGGUUUAUGUGCAGUAUGUGGGGGAGUUUUAAAGUGUGCAUGAAUAAAUUCAGUCUAUUUUUGUGUUUCUAAUCUCUCUAUCCCUCCCAACGCUGUUACCAGGCAAAGUUAGUUGCCUGGAACAGAGAGUAGGUGGAAGUCAAAGAGGCGGAGGACAAGAGAAGCUAGGGUUUUCUAAACAAGCAAUUACCGUCAUUAAAACAAUCCAUUCUCCAGUGAAGUUGAAAGCAUCCUUGGCAUCACCAGCAUCCUUGUGACUCUACAGAUUGUACCUUUUGGGGCAGCGUGUGUGUGAUGUGUGUUUGAGCAGCAAGCCAAUGUGUCUAAUUUAAUCACUGCACACUGCGGGAUCCUUGGCCACUGAGUUGGUGUGUGUGUGGGUGGGUGGGUGUGUGGGUGUGGGUGCGUUGGCAGGUGGAAUAUCUCUGUCAGCAUUUGGAGGGCUGCCAUCUGAGAGUCAAUUCUGCUUUCAUCAAGGACAAGACAUGAUCUCUUCUCUCUUGCAUUUAGGAUGUAAUGAUGUUAUUGUUUCAGUCUCCAUCUCUUUUUCACAGCGUCUGUAAGAGGCCCACUAACUUAACAUAAAUAGCUGUUUGUCAAAUUAAUAAACAUUAAAACAACCAGAGAAAGCUGAGCAGAUGGCCUUGCAGCAUUCGCGGAAGGCUUAAUUAUCACAGGAACAAAAGAUGAGCUUGAGUUUUAUGUGACUUCUGUGGUUGGACUCCUUCAGAUUGAUGGUUGUGCUGCUAAAGAAAACCUAAAUGCCAAAGGCAAACUGUCACGGGGGAAUUCUAGGGUUUAGAGGCGGGUCAGCAGGAGCUGGGGCUUAGGGCUGCGGUAGAUCUGAGGGCCAAGGUUGCUGACAAGGUACGAGGUGUUGAGAGGCAUGGCUGAGCUGUUCCACCCCCAAACAACUCCCCGUCCUCAAAAAAGCAACCUCUGUACCUCACCACGAUGAGAUCAGUGGAACAAACUCUCCAGCCGGAUGAUGUCAUGUUUGGGACUUGGGGUCAAAAUCUCAGGGUCGCACUAAGAUGCGUGUGUGUGUCUGUGUGGGAGGGGUGUGCAUAAUACCCUUUGAGAAUUUUACAUGGGCUGUUGUGUUCAUACCAUCGUCUUUUCAACUUCCUGCAGUCUCCUUGCUAGGGAUGGGACAAUAAAGAAUACUCACAAUAAGUUGAUCGUGGCAAAUUUCUAUUAUCGGGAUAAUAUUGACUUGAAGAAGCUGCCUAGCUUGCUAAUAUGGAAGAGAAGUGAAAAAUAUGCUUUUAAAAAGACUAUCAUGUAAUUAUCAUGUAAAAAAUACCAGAUUCACACAAUGUUGCUAUAUAUUUUAUUUCCUUUUGACCUUAUGAGUUAUAAUUACCUUAUUUAAGAUUGUUUGUUUUUCACUAAAAAUGAUGCUCACUAAAAAAAAAAAGUAAGAUUCAAUAGAAAGUAUUUGUUUUUUAUCAACUUGUAAAGUUAAGUGAUUCCAAUAUGUUUUGGUGUCAUUUUAAGAGUUUUAAGCAUAUUUUAAUGAUUACCAGGAUAAUAUUGUGAAUUGCAAUAAUUCUGGCCAGCAUAAUCGUGACAUGACAUUUUCAUAUCGCCCCGUGACUACUCAUUCACAAAGACACAAAUGAGAACACACACACACACACACACACACUUGACUCUAUUACCUUCUGUGUCCUCCUUCACCUUCAACUACUAAAAGCUUGCAGAGCCUAGUCGGAGUUAAAGAGUGUGCAUAUGUCAGUAUAUGUUUAUCGUCAUUCGGAGAUGAAAAGAGUAAUCCUUCUUAUUGUUGGGAUACUCAGGAAAGGGACAGUGAUCCCUGUCGGUUCUGGGGAGAGGCAUAUAGCUCACUAUGAUUGGUUGAGACGAACAGCUAACCGGACUGAGACCCCUAUUAACCCCCGCUACACUGAGCCGAUCUGAAACACUGUCAUUGAUCCGUGCGGCUCGACACACAGACUGGCUGUUGGUGGUUAUGUAACUUCAUGUGUAAGUUUAUUGAGGGAGUAUUUUGGUGCCUACAUAAAAACACACACAGCUUGUGUCCUCUGCAACCGCAGCUGUCACUGAAAUGCACCAAGAUUGACGGUCAGUAUAUAUAUAUAGCUUUGAAUAUGAUCUCUGUUUAUUUAACUUGCAAAAUACUACGGUAUAGUUUGCAAUAGCUAUGUAUCAAUGAUGACAUGUCUCAUGAUGUUUAUUAGGUUUCGCAUGUUGCAGACGUUGAUACUGUUGUAGUGAUAAUAAUGAGAUAUGCAGUUUUUGUCAUUUAGAUUUACAGGUAAACUCUGCAGUGUAUUAGUAUGAGAUGUGAAUAAAUAUAGCCUCUUACAUGUUAUGACAGGCUUGAAUCAAUCACUCUGUGAUGUUGAUGUCAAGUCUGUUUGGUGUCAGGCUCUAGUCUACUCCCAGCAUCCCAUGACCUUUUCUCGGGGCAGCCUGACACUAGCAUGAAAGCAUGUCACUACAUGUUUCUUGGUCCUUGCAUAAGAUAAAACCAUGACAGGCACAUAAUAAUAUGGUCACAGUUUCUCAGAUUUGAGGCACAGUUCAGCAGAGUGGAGUGAAUGAUCCAGUUUGUGUUUGUAGAUGUUGCCAUGCUCUUUUAUGGCCAAUAGGGGGCUGAUAGGCUACCCACCAUAAAAGCCACCAUAAAAGAAAUAACGGACUAAAAAUCGGUGGUGAAAGGAAGAGAAAGCAAUCAAAUUCCUGUAUUUUGACUUGUAUUCCCGGCACCUUGCAAUAAAGCAAUUGAAGCUUAUCCGUGUGCUCCAGUGCUUCCUUUGGGUCAGUUUAUGUGAAAUUACCCAGAGACCUUUAUUCAAACAAAGGAAUGUGAAAAAUGUGGGUAAAAUAUUUGAAAGAGAAACACGGGCCUGUCCUUUAACAACCGCUGUCAUCAGAGGCAGCAGAUUAAAAUCUGCACAAACUCGAGGUGUGAAUUUUGCAAAGCUUAUUUUCUGCGAAGUUGCUCCUUCAGGCUGUGAUAAGAAUUAAGAUUCCAUUAUUAUUACGCUUAUGAAAAGAUUACAAAUUAAACAGAAAUGGUUUAGGAAGAUGUCCUAUAAUUAGACACAAGGCUACAACAGACUCUUUGUCUACAGAGGGAGGAAGGGAUCUUGAGGAUGUGCAGUAGCAGCAGAGAAGAAGGGGAAACACUUGUUUGAGAAAAACACUCAUGUCGGUGAGUCAAUAGGAAGUGCUCCAGUCUCAGAGGGAGGGGGCUGAGUCGGUUAGCCUGGCUGGAGGAAUGUUCUCUCAUUCUGUCGAAUGCGGUGUAGUGACACUGUGAAUGAUGGUAAUCAUUCAUUCAAUGGUCCCACUGAGUCAUUCAGCAUGGGAGAACUGAAACUCACUGUCCAAGUAUGUUCCUUAUCUUAUGUCCAGAUUCCGUGAAUAUGUAAUGUGUGCCACAUUCCAAUUCAACAGGUGACACCAUAGUUAAAGCCACCACUGUUUUGUCAGUGUAUGGUGUACAUGCCGGUAUCGGUAUUGUCAAUCACUCGUGUUGUUCCCUGAACUCUCCAGUGAACUGUGAGUGUAAAUUUGUCUCCAACAGCACUUCUCUGGCUGGCUCUCUGGCACAGCUUCUUGCUGAUGAAACCUUAAUCUGAUUAACUGUAGGAUAUUUACAGCUCUAAGUCCUGAGUUAUCAAGGCGCAUCUUGUUUUUGUUACCACGUCUACUCACACGGAGAGAUGAGCAGAGAGAGAGCGCGAUGGAUUAGAGGGUUAAAGGCAAAUUUUACUGUAACGUUUUUGUUGAUGUUGAUGAAGUGAAUGCCAGGACAAAGCACCCCUGUCCUCCUCUGUUGUCCUUGGCUUGAGGUUAAGAGCUGCUUUCACCCAGCCAAAUGCACAGAUGUAUUAUUGUACCAUUGAGGUGGACUUUGUUGCUCUGUUGCCAUUAGCCAAGGCUGCCCACAGACUGACUCUCUCCUCCUCCAUCCUGAUCCUCCUACAUGUCAUCUGUUGCAUCUCAGGACUGUGUACUGUAUCUCAUUCCACUUCUCAACCCACAAACAACACGCAACAAAACAAGUGUUGUGGUUUUUGUCUUCUUUUAAUGAGGUUGUAGCCAUUUUGCUCUGCUGAUAUUCAGGAAAAUAUUAAAACAAUAAAGACGUUUGAUGCUUUUUGGUUAAUUCCUGCAGAGGUAUAUUUUCAUAACGUUCUCUGUUUGCAAAAUAUAUCCCUAAAACUCCAAUUAUUAGUUUUCCAGUGUGGAUUUCCUGGAGCCAUGCAGGUUUAUUUGCCAAACUCUUAUUCUAGCUGGACUCUUCUGUGUUUUCCGUUUCCACCUGCCCACAAAUCACUCUCAUACAUCACCGGUCGACAAGCCGAUGCACUCUCCCGCACAGCAACUUCCCAGUGCGCACACAGGGACCAGGCAAUAAGCAGAGGCAGGCACAGAAAGAGAGAGCAGAGAAAUACGGGUGGAGAUUGUUAUUUUUACCUGAAUGAUGACUUGUUCUGUCAGUGGAAUUACAUAUAAAUGCACCAAAUGUAGGCUGAUGGCCAAUAUUGUUUGAGCACACUGAUGUUUUGAUAUUGUAAUUUUUUUUUUUUCAUUAGCCUUUUGGCUAAUUCCCUGUCUAAUUCCAAGAAUUAAAAAAUGAUGAUGGCCAUAUUUUACUGAUUGCAUACCUUAUCCCUGGGCCAAUCCGGGAUUUAAAAUGUAUUACUCAGUAGAGCGUUUAUAGUCCUCUACAUGCACAGCAUCUCUUCUAUGGGAUCACCUAACAAAGGCAGACAUCAAGGGAGAGGUUUUGCUGUGACUGUCUUGUGUAUCUAAUUAGCAAUUAUUAUAAAUUAAUAGAAAAAAAACUGUCCUCAAUACAAAUGAGAUAAUGUUUUUUUUAAUAAACUUCAGCUGCUCAUAGACGCGAGGAAGGAAGCCUUAGUACAAUCUCAUUUAGGCUACUGUUUGGUGGAUGACACUUAAAAAAAUAGCUGCCAACACCCCAUGGAUCCUGCUCGGGGACCACUGGAGGUCCCUGGACACAGCUUUGAGAGCAACUGCCGUAAAUGACAGUUCGUUCUCCUCUGCUUGCGCGCAGCUACACACAGAUUAGGAACACACACACACACACACGCGCGCACACACCCGCCUCCUCAGAAACGGCUCUCGGUUGGUCCAUCAGCCGGUCAGUCUUUAUCCUCCCUUGUGCUGGUGGUGUUGUGUGUGUGUGUGUGUGUGUGUGUGUGUGUGUGUGAAUCCGGACUGGAGCUCUGGAGCUACUAGGACGUCGUCGACUACAAUGAUGAUGACGAUGAUGAUGAAGACAACACAGAGAGGGGUUGAAACGCAUGACCGCGAUCGUUCCCAAAUUGCCAGGAGUGAGGUUUGUGUCUUCUGCGCGGAUCCAUAACAACUUCUGAGGCUAAUAGACGGCAGCUAUUUUCGGAUUUUCGGUCAUUAUUUCCUUUAGCUUCUAAAUGGAGCUGCCUCAUUGGGAAAAUCUGAGUUGAGGUAUUUCACAGGGUGUGUGGGACGUUGAACGGACCUUGGUGUUGCGUAAAGCGCCCGUGCUGCUAGUUUUUGAGAGUUGGGAAGCGGAGUGCUGCUCUUUUGAAAGGAUGAACAACUCAAAGAAUCAAAGGGACAGCGACAUCCAGAAGAAGAUUGACCAUGAGAUCCGUAUGCGCGACGGAGCCUGCAAGCUGCUGGCCGCCUGCUCCCAAAAAGACCAGGCGUUGGAGGCGGCGAAGAGCCUGCAGACCUGCAGCACGCGUAUCAUGGCCUACAUGUCGGAGCUGCAGAGGAUGAAAGAGGCUCAGGUCAUGCAGAAGCUCACGCGGAGGUCGUCAGAUGCAGGGCCGAUGGACGACAGACUCCCGUGCAAAGGAAAAGUGGCCAUCUCAGAUCUUCGGAUCCCUCUCAUGUGGAAAGACACGGAGUACUUCAAGAACAAAGGAGAGCUCCAUCGGUGUGCAGUGUUCUGCCUGCUGCAGCUGGGAGGAGAGAUCUUUGACACAGACAUGGUGAUAGUGGACCGGACACUCACUGAUAUUUGCUUUGACAACACCGUCAUAUUUAAUGAAGCCAGCCCGGGUUUUGAGCUGCGUGUUGAACUGUAUAGCUGCUGCUCAGAGGACGACUACUCAACAGGCAGCACGCCAAGGAAACUAGCCAGUAAACUGAGCUCGUCACUAGGGCGAUCCGCUGGGAAGAAGCUCCGGGCAGCCAUGGACCCUGGGCCAUGUAGUCCUGUUAGCAACGGAGCUCCUCUUCUACUGCCAGUUCCCUCUGUACCGGGCCCUAAGUACCACCUCUUAGCUCAUACCAGCCUGUCACUGUCGCACGUCCAGGACAGCUUUCGCACACAUGACCUCACCAUCUCAGGCAACGAAGAGUGUUCGUAUUGGCUGCCGCUCUAUGGCAGUAUGUGUUGCCGCCUCGCAGCUCAGCCUCACUGUAUGACCCAACAGAUGAUGAGUGGAUGUUUGAAAGUUAAGCAGUUGGGAGGUGAGCCUCAGAGUUGGACAAAAGUGUACGCCGCUCUAAAAGGAACAAGCCUUUUCUGCUACCACCGGCAAGAAGAUGUGGAGGCUAACGUCGAGCCAGCUUUCACUAUUGCCAUCAACAAGGAGACCAGAAUACGUGCGUCUGAGAAAGACCCUCAAAGUAAAGUUCAGAAUAUCUGUAUCAGUAACCAGUAUGGAGGUGAGGAGGUCACCCACACCCUGACAACAGACAGCCGUGAGGACACACACCGGUGGAUGGAGGCCUUUUGGCAACAUUUCUACGACAUGAGCCAAUGGAAACAGUGCUGUGACGACUUAAUGAAAAUUGAACUGCCAUCACCAAGGAAACCAGCUCCUGUCACACCAAAACAGGGCUCGCUCUAUCACGAAAUGGUUAUUGAGUCAUCCAAUGACCUCACCAUCACUGUGUCAGACAUCCUGGCUCAGAGAAUGCGGGAGCUGGAGCUCCGCAGCCAGCUGGGAACCUCUCCCACCUGGAUGUCUGUGUUUGAGGAGAACAACCCCAAAAGCGCUGGCUGCCCCCGUCCAUGUACUUCUCGCCUCUCUGGCCACAGCCCCUGUACCCCUCAUCGACUGCCCCGGAGUCCUGUGUGCCCUCACCGCUGCCCACAGCUGAGUCUGCUGUCCUCAGAUGCAAGCCUGACCUCAGACAGCGACAGUCACUGCAGCACCAGUCCCUGCUCCCAUCGCCAUGGCUGGCCCGAGCCUUCUUCAAACUUCUCUCUCUUGUCAUCUUCCCCCUCCCGCCUGAGGCCACGCACUCUGUCGCUGGAUGCUAAGCUCAGCACCCUUCGAGGGAGGGGGUACGGAGGAGGAGGGACCCUGCAGUGCCCCUGCCAGCCACCUCCCUCCUCGCUGCUCGCCCCGUUCCCCGUCUCCUCCCGGUCACCUCGGUCACAGCGCAGCACACAGACCACGCUCUCUUGCUCCAGCUCCACUUCCAGCAACAGCUCCAGCAACAGUGAGGGCAGCCACAGCCUCGAGUCAUCUGAGGGAGCCCCCUUCUCAAGGCCCUCCCCGGCUCGACGCAGCCUCAGGAACCUCAAAGCCAGACUUGAUCCUCGCAACUGGCUUCAAAGUCAGGUGUGAACUUGUCCCGUCUGAGAGACCUUUUACACUGGCCUAAAGGCAACAGUUAAAAGUUUAAACCAUGGUUUAACUGGCUUAACAUAUAUGUGAACCAAGCUCAGGCAGUUAGCUCAGCCACAUGCACAGCCCUGAGGAGGAUAAGCUGCCUUUACUGCCUCCUGGUGGAGGAUGGAUCAUGAAAGACCCUCUUGGGGCGAACUGGAAUGUCUUCUAACACAAAGGACAGGUGACAAUCACUGCAGGCAACAGCACAUUGCUGGGUUGCCGCAAUUUUGAAGAUGGUCCAAUACUAAAUGGGAGGUACUCUGCUUGCUUUGAGAAAUUAUUAUGGUCAUGCUGCUUGGGAGAAAGUGAUGCUAAUAGCUAAGGACGUGCUCUAAUAAACAGGCCACACUGGGCCUAAUGUCUGUCCAUGGACUCUAAUUCUGAAACUGGUUUUGUUUUGACCUUAUGAGCCACCCUGGCUACUCAAACAAUGUUUUAAAAUCAUAUCUAUUAGUGCACUAGCAGUAUUUUGACUGGAUGUUUCCUGUCUGUAUUUUAUAGAUAAAGGUUUGCAGUGAAAGCCAGUGAGCAUGUGGCAAGAUGAACACAAGGUAUACUCAGUCAAGAGUUCUCAAAUGUUAGAAACUGUUAAGUGUGGAGGUCAAGGUUGGAGUCUGUACUGUCUGCUGUGUCUAAUUCAGUGUAUAUGCAUCUAAUUAUUCAUACAACAGAUGAUCUUUGUGGUUCUCCUGCAAUUACUAUGCACCAUUUUGUUUGUUUUUGCACAUGAUUUGACUUCAAAGUUAAAAUGAUGAACUACUUGACAUCAUUUCAACAAUGAAUCUGGUGAAAGCGUAACUUUAUGCAAGUGCUCAUACAUACUACUGGUUAUUACUGUGAUGUCUUCUGGGUAAAAAUCUGUCCUCUGGUCUUAACGUUCACACAUUUAUCUGCACACUGAUGAUGUCAUUAGAAGUAGGUAAUAGAUUCUACAUACACAGAACAAACUAGAAUAAGAUGAAAUGAACCAAAGCUGAAGUAUUGUUGAAAAGCCAUUCCUAUAAUUCUGCUACUCUGCAGUUUUGUAGGA